AUGAGUUUCGAAGAAAGAAUUUCAAAUGAGAAUGGGGGAAUUGAGACUUUAAAAAGUACAAAUCUUGUGUAUGGAGCAGAGUCUGGUUGUAACUUAGUUUCUGCGUCAGAUUUGAGUCAGAACCUUUCUGGAAUAAAGGUUCAAUUUGGUGAUUCUUCUCCAAACUGCGGAGUUCCAGGCCCUCCUAUUUUGGAUAACUUCCAAUCUGCCAGCCAGAAGACAAAAGACUCUGGCAUAGAAGGGGAGGGGGCCUUAACCGAAUCUUUUCUAAUAUCUAUAUCCGAACUUAGAUACAUUGUUUUGGUUUGCAUCAGGUGGAGGCUUCAAAAUAGUGUGGAAUUAUCAUCAAGUUCUUGUACAGCUGUGGGGAUUAAUGGGUGCUCAAGUAUCAUGUUAGACUCUUCCCCAGCUUCUGGAGAGUCUACAACUCCUUCGAAAGAGCUGCUUGUAUCGCAUCUCUUUCUUUAUAGGUCCUGCAUUAGCGAUUCUCACAGAGAAGAGUUGGAGUUGCAAGCUGUGAGGGAGAUUUUGAAGCUUAUAGACCCAUCAGUUGAAGCUGGCGACCACUUAAUCGAAAGGCUGGGAACUAAUUCUAAGGGUCUUAUCAAGGAAUUUGCAGGAGGGUUAGAUUCCGUAGAGGCUAAAGAAAUGAGGAAUGCUGAGAAUGCAUUAAGCUCUCAGUUCCUUUUGGGGAAGCUUCCGUUCCCAAGCUAUGGAAUCCUUCUUGGGAAGGAAACCGCUCAGUAUACAAUAGGAGAUAUAAUCAAUACAACUGAACAUCCAAGCGGACUUAAUCUGGCCAAUGUUGCCAGUACUCCCUCAAUUUUGGGGGUUCUUCUCAAGUACUUUGAUGUCUCCUGGCCAAGCCAUAUAUUUGAAAGUCUUCUUAUUCAGAGUGAGACAGUUAAAGGCGAAUCCCAACAGCAGGAAGAAUCUGGUUCAGGGGUUAAGGAUCCUGGCGAUGUUUCACUUUCUCUGGGGUCUUUCACUCACGUUUUAGGUCUUUGCAAGCCUUGUGUUUUCGUCAAUAAGACUAACAAGAAAUGUAGGAAUGGCGUCCUUUGUUGUUUUUGCCAUUUCCAACAUAAGGAGAGAAAAAGAGGUAAGAGGUACAAAUCUUCAACUAACAGUUCUUCCAUAGCCAACUCCUGCAGCUCUACUGGGACUGGAAUAGGAGGGUGUUUGGUUAACUCAUCCGGACUCUCUAGUAUUUCUGGGGUAAGUAACUCUGUUAAUAUUGGAAGUUUUGGAAAUGUUGGAACUAUUGGAAACAUACCAGGAUUUGGGGUUGCAGCUGGUGGGGCAGGCGUACCAAGUGUUGAAGGUUUUUCUAAGUCAGAUUUAACAGUUGUGUCUGAGGAUUGCCUACGAGUUUCUACAAUUUCUCCAGGUCCCUCAUUCUCUGGUGGAUCUGUAAGAAAUUCUCACAAUACAUUUGGCUCUGCCCAUCUCGAACAUCCUCAGGGAGGUGUUGGCUCUGCUCAGUCUACAGGGUUUACAGGAGCCUCAAUGUUGCAGAGCCUCCCUGAUUUGGUAUCUUCACAUUGUGGUUUUCAUCAGCCUCAGAAGUAUACUUCUAGGGUUAGCCAGGGUUCCACCGUUCCUCUGGCAACCUUACAAUCUUCGAGUAGAAACAACUCCAUAUUUGGAAAGCCUUCUUUCCAGACAGGAGGGGAGCAACAACAGCAACAAUCAGUUAGGUAUCUUGUACCCCCACCUCCUCCACCUCCUUCCAAGACGGCGACUUUCCAGGUGUUCCAAAAUGAAAAGGAUGCCGGGUUCCGAGUAAAUUCUGUUGCAACUUCGACUUCGGCAGGGUUUAAUCAACUCGGGGGUACCUAUCUGGAAAAAGGCAGCUCCGAGAGGCAUCCAACAGUGGGGAUUCCUGGGUUAGUUUUGGACUCUUGUUCGUUCCAGGGCUCCCAAGGGGCUUCUCCAUCCCUAAAUGACCCCUUUUUUGGAAGCUUUAAUAGCUAUAAUAAGCUGAUUAACGAGGCUUCAGAGAUGAAUAAUUGGAUAUCAACCAACUCAGAGAACUUUUCUAACGCUAUGAAUCUAUCCUCUAAGGAUUACUGCUGUUUUCAGUGGCUCGACCAGCCAGAAAUUGGCGAAUUAAUUACCGAUACCUGGGGAGUGGGUCCUUUUGAGGCUUUUACAAAAGGGAAUGGUAACACCAUCCCUCAAAACUUGAAUCAAUGUCUGAAUGAUUCUCGCUCAUAUUCUAAAGCUGCUCCUCAAGAUUGGAGCUUAGCAUCAUCUAUCAUCAAGAGUUCUACAAAUGCUUCCAGUAAUGCUUCGGGACCAUCUUUCAAUAUUAAUAAUAGUAACCCAAUAAACCCUAACUCUGCCUCACCCAUGCAGAUCUCCGCCAACCAGAGUGCCUCCCAAAGGUUGAGAGAAUCCCUUGUUGAAUCCUCAUCGCAGUUGAAGACCGGUCUUCACCAUCAGGAUAAGAAUCAGGCCCAUACUCUCUCUGGACCUACUGAAGGAAUACAAGUUGGUCAUAGCAACGAGCAUUUUCUGAACUCGCCGAAAGUGUUUACUUCCAGUACCACGACCUCAGCAUCAUCUCUCUCAGAUAAUACCAAUGUUGCUAGUAAUUCCUUUAUCACGCCAAGUGGGGGCGUAAUCCCUCCAUUUCUGAGAGGCAGCCAGGGGUUCGGACUUUCUUCAGAGUACUCUGACUGCUCUCCUUUAUUCUUCCUAACAGGGGGAGGAGGAACAGCAGGAGGUGGAACAGGGAAUACGAACUUUGGAAUGGAUUUUUGUUUCCUGAAUUCGUGGAAAUAG